AUGUUACCGAAAAUUGCUCGAAAAAUAAAUGAAAAGAAACGUCUCAAACAAUUUGAGAAUUCGAAUCAUUCGUUAAAAGAUCGCUAUUAUUGUUUACAAAAUAUUAGAUAUGCGAAAAUUCUUAAUCCAAUUAUACUGGCAAGUUCAUUAUUAACGGCAAUCUGGAUAAUCCUUGGAAUUACGCGAUUUACACUGCUUCACCAUAAUUGGCAUUUGGAACUUGUUGCGAGAUCGGUGCAAUACAUGAUUUAUUCUAUUCAGAUUGACAUCGUAUCGAUAUUAUUGCUGCGAAAAUGUAAAACAUGUCGAGCGAUUUUCUCGAAAUUCUCAUGCAAAAAGGCUGAAUCGGAUAAACAGCUUCAAAACAGCAAUAUGAUCGUGCCACUUGAACGACAAGGCGACAUCUAUUUUUUGGGUUAUGCAUGGUCGUGA